GAAGCAGAUUCCCGACCACUUUCGAUCGUCUUUCUACCUAAAGCCAUCGCUCUACUUCUCCAUCGCGUCGCGUUGCGUUGAAGCAAUCGUUCUCCUCUCUCUCCCGGCGCUACAUUUCUCGAGCCAUCUUCUCCCCACGGGGAACUGUGUCUGCAAUCGGAUGGAGCGAUAUUGGAGUGGAAGCAGUAUCAACAAGAACAAAGAAAUGGUGGAGCAUCUGCGGAACUAUGGAGUGAUAAAAUCACAGAAAGUGGUAGAAGUAAUGGAAACAAUCGACAGAGCUUUGUUUGUGCCUGAGGGCACUCCCCCGUAUGUCGACAGCCCUAUGCAGAUUGGGUACAAUGCCACAAUCUCUGCGCCUCAUAUGCAUGCUAUGUGCCUUGAGCUGUUGGAGAACCAUUUGAAGCCUGGGAUGCACGCACUGGAUGUUGGUUCUGGGACCGGAUACUUGACUUCUUGCUUCGCUGCAAUGGUCGGGCCACAAGGUCGCACUGUGGGCAUCGAACAUAUUCCUGAGUUGGCCGAGUUUUCUAUCAAAAAUAUCGAAAAAAGCGCUGCAGCCCCUUUGAUGAAAGAUGGAUCACUUGCAAUCCAUGUUGCUGAUGGGAGGCAAGGAUGGCCCGAGUUCGCGCCAUAUGAUGCCAUACAUGUUGGCGCCGCAGCUCCUUCUAUCCCUCCAGCACUUACCGAGCAAUUAAAGCCCGGUGGCAGAUUAGUGAUUCCUGUGGGAAAUGUCUUCCAAGACCUGAAAGUUGUCGACAAGAAAAUGGACGGCACACUGACCGUUCAAAGCGAGACUUCUGUUCGCUACGUGCCCCUUACAAGCCGGGAAGCUCAGUUACGCGGAUCCUAGUAGCCGUUAUUUCCCUUCAUUGCCCUUUGCCAUGUAUAAAUAUAAUGCAGACACUCAAAACAUUGUCGUCUUAAUAAACGCACGCCAUAUUUCAUUCA